AUGUCUCAUCAUCACUACGAAACCAACCCUCAUUUCGCUCGCCUCCCAUCGCAGAAUCAACAUGUCAAAGGCGGUGGUGCCUCUACCUCACAAACACCUCCUCAUCACCACCAUCAAACACCGCAAUCUCACUCAAAAGCUCCUCCCGGAAUCCUAAUCAAGCCUCGCGGUCGCAACCGCAAAGCUCCAGUCCACGAACCGCCGCCUUCCGCAAUACCUUUACCACUUAGCCCGGAAGAGAAGCUACCGCCACGGAAAACUUCAAACUCUGCAAAGAUACCAUUACUAUCAAGCCCUGAAGAGAGACAACCACCGAGAAAAACUCCAAAAUCUGCUAAAAGACCAUUACUAUUAACCCCUGAAGAUCAUCAUCAUCAACAACAACAACAACAACAGCAACAACGACCUUCACCACCACAACCACCACGCGGUGGCGGCGGUUAUCCAACAUCACUACCUCCAAUAGCCAAACCAACACCAUGGAGAACCGCUCCAACACCGUCACCGCAUCACCGCCGUGGCGACCCACGGUUACCACCGCCUUCAAGAGAUCAGACAAACGCAAUGACAUGGUCGGCUGCUUUUUGCUGUGCGAUUUUCUGGAUCAUUCUUAUCCUCGGCGGUCUAAUAGUCCUGAUCGUCUACCUCGUGUACCGUCCACGCUCUCCUCACAUCGACAUCUCAGCGGCUAACUUAAACGCCGCUUAUCUCGACAUGGGUUUUCUCCUAAACGGAGAUCUAACCGUUUUAGCAAACUUUACAAACCCGAACAAGAAAGCUGGUGUUGAGUUUAGCUACGUGGUGUUCGAGCUUUACUAUUACAACACUCUCAUAGCGUCUCAGUACAUCGAGCCGUUUAAAGUCCCGAAGAAAAUGUCCAAGUUUGCGAAUGUUCACCUCGUGAGCAGUCAGGUUCAGCUCCAGCCGACGCAGAGCCGGGAGCUGCAGCGUCAGAUUGAAACCGGUCCGGUUUUGUUGAACCUGAGAGGAACGUUUCACGCACGUUCGAAUUUAGGGCCGUUGCUUAGUGGAUUCGAGACAACUAAGCCUAUGAUUGGGUUUGGAUCGAGCAGCGAGAUGCUUGAAGGGUUUUCUUCUGUACCUUCGUUUGAUCUUCCCCGUACAACCGACUUUGAUGGGUUUCAGAAAGAAGCUGUACAGAUGGUGAAGCCUGCAAAGGGUACAACCACACUCGCGUUUAUCUUCAAAGAAGGUGUUAUGGUAGCUGCUGAUUCUCGAGCAAGCAUGGGAGGAUAUAUCUCGUCACAGUCUGUGAAGAAGAUUAUUGAAAUCAAUCCUUACAUGCUUGGUACAAUGGCUGGUGGAGCUGCUGACUGCCAAUUCUGGCACCGGAAUCUUGGAAUUAAGUGCCGUCUACACGAGCUUGAAAACAAAAGGAGAAUCUCUGUUUCAGGAGCUUCGAAGCUUCUUGCCAACAUGCUCUACUCAUACCGUGGAAUGGGGCUCUCCGUUGGCACUAUGAUUGCUGGAUGGGAUGAAACAGGCCCUGGAUUGUACUACGUUGACAAUGAAGGAGGACGGCUUAAAGGAGACAGAUUCUCUGUAGGUUCGGGCUCACCAUACGCUUAUGGUGUUCUUGACAGCGGAUACAAAUUCGAGAUGUCGGUUGAGGAAGCCUCGGAGUUAGCAAGGAGAUCUAUCUACCAUGCUACAUUCCGCGAUGGAGCUAGUGGUGGAGUUGCCAGCGUGUACCACGUUGGGCCUAAUGGAUGGAAGAAACUCUCUGGAGAUGACGUUGGCGAGCUGCAUUACCACUAUUACCCCGUGGUUCCAGCCACCACCGCGGAGCAGGUGAUGGAAGAGGCGGCCGAGUAAAUACUUUGAUGACCUUUUUAGCUUUUUAAGAGUUUUGUCACAACUCUUCUGCUAUGGUCAGAAUCUUAGAUUCAUGUUUCUUUGAUACUGCGAAUGAUGUAGUUAUGUCUGGUAUUUGAAAAUUUGUGUCUCCCAUGAUUCCUCCAUGCGGAUGGGAUAAUACUCGAAAUGUUUUGGUGAAGAAUCAACUGAUUUAGUUUCAUGAAUUGACCAUCUUAUGGAUACACUUGAAAGAUGGUCCAUAUUAUUGUUUCUAAUACGAAGUUAGUCUACUCACAAUGAUAAAGACGAUUCAACA